AGUCAAAAAUAGGCUUUUUUCUCAAAAUAUGCGCUUUUGUCCAAAAAUAUUUCACUGGCAUGUUAUUUUUAUAAGAAUACCAUAAACGUGCGAAUCACAUCAGUAGAAUGUGAUUUAAAGUCAAAGGAUAACGAUAGAAUAGACGGAUGAGUUAAUAAAGGCAUAAGUUGCAUUUACUGAAUUCGAUUUAUAAGUUGCAUUGUAAAUGGACAUAUAAUAGCAUUCCAAAAAUGAGACUCAUAACUCGCCUUCAUAAAAUGUGAUUUGCGGCCCUAUCUUUUUUUUGUUUUUGAUGCGGGGGGUUUGGUACCUGCAUUGGGCUUUGGGGCCUUGAUUACUCCGGAUUUGCAUCUCGUAAGGCCCAUUUAAGGGAAGCCCUCCCUAACAAGAUUUUUUCUAUACCCGCGGCUCAAACCCUAGUACUCUAGUUAAGGGACUGAUAUAGGAAAGUUUUUAGGUAAUUUUUCAGCCUUUAUCUUGAAAAAGGCGCCGACCGAAACCCUUUGAUCCUAUAUUUAUCUCUUUACUCUCAUUUCUUGAGAAUUUGUUCAUCAAAAGAAUUGUGGGUUUCGUUUGAAUCUACUGUCAAAAUGUACCUUUGGCCCAGAGAGAAACAAAUACAGUCUAUCUCUGACUUCACGCAAGCUGAGAUCGAAAAAAUGGAGAACAUGCUUAAUGAAUCAAGAGAACAAGUCUGUGAUCCGGAAAUCUGCAAGAAAUUGGCAAAGAUGUUCACGCGCUCUAAAGGACGUGCCGGAAAACCAGUUGUUAAGUGGACUGAGGUCCAAGCUUGGUUCCAGAAGAAGUUGGCAUGCUGUCCAUCAAAGGAUAAUUCAGCUGAAGCCAACCAAAAACUGCCUGAUAUUACAGAAGGAAGCACUUUGAAUAAAGCACAUGAAAGCUCACAUAUUCCAAAAGGCCAACAAGUUCCAGCGCUAUCAGACUUGGAAUUUGAGGCUAGGUCUUCAAAAGAUGGGGCAUGGUAUGACAUUGAUACAUUUAUCUCUCACCGCUCUCUUAACUCGGGAGAACCUGAAUUUCUUGUAAGAUUCGUGGGCUCUGAAUCAGAGGAGAAUGAAUGGGUAAAUGUAAAGAAGCAUGUCCGUGAGCGUUCCGUUGCUCUUGAGGAUUCAGAAUGUAACAAAGUGAAAGUUGGGGAUCUUGUUUUGUGCUUCCAGGAGGGGAAGAACCAGUCAAAAUAUCUUGAAGCUCAGGUUAUAGAAAUUCAAAAGAAAUUGCAUGACAUAAGAGGCUGCAGAUGUCUCUUUGUGAUUCGAUACACUCGUGAUGAUACCGAGGAAACGGUUCGUUUGAGGCGGAUGUGUGUUCGACCAAGCAUAUUAGGGCGUCCUUGAAUAUAGUAACAUGCAGCAUAUGCUGCUCAAAUGCUCAAUCAUAGAAUUUAUUCCGAUGAAGAAGAAAGAAGUCAGAUGAUCGUCCUGGUCAUCCUUCCGGAUUCUCUAUCUGAGAAUAGCCAACCCCAACUUGUUUGGGACCAAGUCAUAGUUGUUGUACUCUAUUUGAUAGAUGGAAACGAAAUUUGUGAAUUGUUGCCCUCAUAGCUAUCAAAUUGGAGUACAUCUUGUUUAGCUUUUUCUUGCCAACUAUUGUUAAUUAUGAGCUCUAAAAACGGCAUGCUAAAAAUGUCAUUAUUUGACUGUUA